AUGUCUCCUUUUCGGAAAUCUCCAGCGAAGAACGUGGAAAAGUCAAGCCGGGUCCCGUCUUACAGGUCAGCUGACUAUCCAAAUCCUCAAUGGCAAGAAGAUGUGAAGAUAAGGACGCCUUCAUUUGGCACAUCAAGCCUUGCGACAGAAACGGAAACUACUAGUUCUCCAAUAAUAGUACCCCAACCGCCAAUAAAUAUCGACGAUGUAUGGCGAGAAGUACGAGCACUUGAACGCCACAGGUUCGCAUCAUCUCGGUACCGCAAAGUCGGGAAGACUAUUGAGCCUGUUAUAGACUUUUUAACGAGGUUUUCUCCUAUAAUAGAUAUGAUGGUUCAGGGGACUAGUAGUGCCUCUUUAGUGUGGGGCUCUUUGAAAGCUGUUUUGAUGGUUGCUCAGACUUCGGCUACUUACUUUUAUUAUAUCGACAAUGCCAUGUUGAAGCUUAGCGACAUCCUUUCCAUAUCGAGUCAGUAUGAAAAAAUGUUCGCGACGGAAUUCCGUGUUAGAACUGCGUUGUCGUAUUUAUAUGAUGAGAUAUAUCUUUUCCUGGAGAAAAUACGAAAUUCGGUUUCUGUUUGCUCAUUGAAGGUCUUUCUCAAGAACCUGAAAAAGUCUUUCGACGCAGAGUUUAAAGAUAAUUUGGAACACAUCGAAAGAUAUACUCGUGUUUUCAAUGAUGAAAUUACUCUUGCGCAUCGAGAGAGGAUGGGUGUAUCGACUAAGAAAAUCCAAGAAUUAGUUGGAAAUAUUGCUUUAGACAAUGUGAAUCUUGCCAACCGAGUAGACAGUCGAGAUGUAUAUCAUAUCAAAGAGGCAAUAUUAAAAUGGUUAACCCAGGUCGACGCUAGAGAAGAUUAUUACCGAGCUCUGAAAAGACGCUCACCAGGAACUGGAGUACGCUGCACCGAACUUGCGACUGACCGUUCGAUAUUGUGGAUUCAUGGCCGGCCAGGAUCAGGCAAAACUGUGCUAAGUACUACUGCCAUUGAACACCUUCAACUUGAGUUGGACGAAAUGUUAGAAAGAUCGGAGAACAAAACUCCCUCUGUGGCUUACUUUUAUUGUGAUUCCGGAGACACCAGGAAAAGAUCGACGUUAGAGAUCCUUGGAUCGAUUUUGGCGCAGUUGAUUGUACCACUGCAUGACUUUCCAAGCGAGGUCAACGAAGCGUAUGAACGAGCGAGGAAGUAUGGAAGACAUCAUUUAUCAACUGCGGAUGAUAUUGUAUCUGUCAUUAGGAAUGUGGUACAAGAUAUUCCAUCUUGUUACAUUAUCAUUGAUGGAAUAGACGAAUGCAGCGAUCCAGCUGACCUCACAAAAACCUUUGCGGAUAUCGCGACAGACUGUCACAAUGUUCGACUAGGUCUCUUUUCUCGCAAUCUUCCUACUAUUGCAUUCGAGCUAGAGAAAGUUUCCUGUGCAGUAAUAGAGCUGGAACCUUUCUUGGUACAACCAGAUAUUGACAAAUUUUUAACAAAAUCAUUGGAUAAUUUACCCGGGAAAGGUACCACGGCACAAGACCAGGCUUUCUCAAAACUGUCGAAUGCUUCUGGUGGUAUCUCUGGGAAUCCAAAGUCUAGCGAAGCAAUUGAUUCGCAGGGUGUGGCAGAUGCCAUUGAAAGAAUACCAGAAGGGCUCCACGGAUUUUAUGGCCAGAUACUCGAGAAAUUAGGUUCGCAGAGUAUUCGAAGACGGGAUCUUGCUCGCCGAAUUCUCUUGUGGGUUUGCUGUACAACAAGACCAAUCUCCUGGAAAGAGCUCCAGUGCGCUUUAUCGUGGGACGAGACCAAGGAGAUAUUUAUAGAGGACCAGCGACCUUUCAAAGAUGCUGUCCUCGAUAUAUGCGCUCCUUUGAUAGAGUAUCGACCAGAGAAAGAUACAUUUCACCCUGUUCAUACAUCAGUUCGCGAGUUUCUAAGGAAGUCUCAAGGCUUCGAGUCCAUGUCGGCGAAAGCAACCCAAUUUCUUAUGACUGAGUCUCACGCACACCAGGCUAUUGCCGAAGUAUUACUAGCUAGUCUCUCACUACCAGAUGUUAUACAUAACACAAAGGUAGACGACCUUCACUAUCCAUUAGCGAGAUAUUCUACGGAGAACUGGUGUCAUCAUCUAUCGUCGGCGUCAUUUAAAGAGAAUUUGUGCCAAAAAUAUGACACGUUUGCGGAUUCGUCUUUAGCGCGAUCGACUUGGAUCCUCCGAUUCCUCAUUUCAAACAGGCAGUCGUUUCCUCUACAACGUAUAGCAAAGUAUCAGAAACAAGUCAAUGAUUGGAAAAAUCGCAAAGAAAGCUCAACCACUACUUUCGCAGCGGAAGAUUUAGCAGAUAUACAAAGAGCAUUGAUUGAAUUAGAUCAACUGGACCUAGGCCAAGCAGAAUCCAUCUCAAAUUUCGAGCGCGAUCUGAUUGUCCGGGAUCUGGCAAGAGCUUUUACAAUGGCAGGAAAAGUCGAUAAAGCAAUUGAUAUGUUCGAAAAGGCUAUUGCCCAAGGACCCGAAGGGCUUCAAUCGUCAGAAUCUGUCCGCACCACCUGGCUUCUCAAUAGUCUUGGAAUAAUGUAUGACCAAAAAAAUCUCACCGAUCUUGCUUUAAACACGCAGUUAAAAGCUUUAUCCAUCCAGGAAAAAUAUCUUCCUCCUAAUCAUCUCGAUCUUGCAUUAACACUAAACGAAUUGGGUCGAGAAACACGACAUCUUGAGAGAUACUCGGAGUCCGAGAAAUACCAUCUCAGAGCCCUCAGUAUUCUGCGUCAAUCUCUUCCCGAGACGGACUUACAGAUAAUUUGGACACUCAAUACUCUCGCUCGUUGCUACCGCUUCCAAGUUCGCUAUCCCGAAGCACUUGCUCUCCAUCAACUUGCACUCAACGGCCAAAUCACGCUAAUGGGGGAAGACCAUCCUCAUCCCAUUCGUACGAGAUCAGAUAUCGCCAAAGUAUUGAAAGCGCAAGGAAAAUUCAAAGAAGCGUUGGAAAUCAUGGAAGAUAUGUUCGUGAGAAGAGUUCGAGUACUAGGAAAUGAUAAUCCGGAUACAUUGUGGACGAUGAAUGAUAUUGGGAUGGCGUGGGAGGAUAUGGGUAUGCAUAGUGGGGAUGUGGGGUGCCGGAAAAAGGCGAUUGAGUGGCAUGAGAGAGCUUGGGAGGUACAAGUGAGGGUGCUGGGGGAGGAGCAUAAGCAUACUAUCUGGAGUCGGGGAGUUCUGGAAAGGUUGAAGGGAAUGGAAAGGAUGGGUGAUGCUGUUGCGGCUUAA